AUGUUACGUCUUACAUCAAACUCUUCUUUUCUUAUUUUCUUCUUCUCACUCUUUCUCUUUCUCUACUCCUUCCAUUCCUUCCCUAUACGAGAUGGUGUCAAACUCGAUGGGGAUAAACAACUCAACAAAGGUGUUAUGCACAAUACAACUCUCACCCUUGCGCAACAUCGAAUGAGUAGGCAAGAUUUUUUUAAUCAUUUUGAGGUUUACACUGGUGGUUGGAAUAUCAGCAAUUCUGAUUAUAUCACGUCUGUUCUUUCAACUGCAGUUCCUUUCUUUGUUGUUGCGGUAAUAUGGCUCAUGAUUUUUGGGAUUAUUUUAGAGAUCAUAUGCUGUUGUUAUUGUUGUUUUCCCAAAGAGUCUGAUGGAUAUUCUCAACCAGAUUGUAUAUCAUUGAUUUUCCUUAUCCUUUGCGCCCUUAUAGUAAUAGGUGGAUGUGUAAUUUUGUACUCUAAUGAACAAGAAUUCCAAGAAACAACAUCGGACACAAUAGAUUACAUUGUGAGCCAAGUUGAAUUCACAGUUGAAAAUUUAAAGAACGUGUCAAACUCUUUCGAUUCGGCUAAGACUAUUGCUGAUGAACUUAAAUUGCCACCGGAGGCUGAUAUGGGCAUUGAUAUUGUUAAGAAGAAAAUUCUUGAUGCUGCAAUUGCUCUUUCUAACAAGACUCAUGACAAUUCACAAAUAUUACAUGGUGUUUUGGAUAAAGUAAAAUUGUCUCUUAUUACCGUUGGAUCUUCUAUGAUUAUUAUCUCAGUAAUUGGAUUAUUUACUUUAGUACUUGGAUUGAAGUGUAUUUUAUAUAGUUUAGUAGUGGCUGGAUGGAUUAUUGUUGCAGGAACAUUUAUGUUAUCUGGUGGAUUUAUUUUUCUUCAUAAUGUGAUUGGUGAUACCUGUGUUACCAUGAACGAAUGGUCUCUAAAUCCAACAAACCAUACAGCCUUGGAUGAAAUUCUUCCCUGUGUGGAUAAUGAAACAUCUCUUGAAACCUUUUUGAAAAGCAAAUCUGAAACAUACAUUCUUGUUAACUCAGUUAAUGGUUUGAUUUCAAAAGUGUUGAAUAAUGACAACAUCUUCCCUAACAAUCAAUCCAGCCCUCUUGUGCCUCUUCUCUGCAACCCAUUCAACAAUGAUUUUACAGAUCGACAAUGCGCCGUUGGUGAAGUAGGGUUCGAAAAUGCCAUCGAGGUGUGGAAGAAUUAUAGUUGUGAAGUUUCUGGAUCUGAUAAUCAUUGUAGAACAACCGGUCGUAUUACACCAUUCAUAUACAAACAGCUUACAACUGUGGUGAAUGUGACCUACAGUUUAUAUCAUUAUGGGCCUUUUUUGGUUGAUUUAAUGGACUGCACCUUUGUUCGGAAAACUUUUAUAGACAUUAACAACAACUAUUGUCCUAGUUUAGAGAAAUGUACUAAAUGGAUUUACUGGGGAUUAUUUGUGGUAUCUGCAGCUGUAAUGUUGUCUUUGAUAUUUUGGAUUUUCUGUGAAAACCAACCCUAUCAUAGUCAUUAUUACAUCAGACAGUUUUAA